AUGAAUGAAGAAUUGGAGUCAAUUGAGAAGAAUAACACUUGGGAACUGACAACACUUCCACUAGGAAAGAAACCUAUUGGUGUCAUGAAAUAUUUGAAUGCUACAAGACCUGAUAUCAUGUAUGCAGUUGGGUUGGUUAGUAGGUUUAUGGAAGAUCCUAGACAAUCACAUUUACAAGCUGCAAAACGUAUUCUGAAGUAUGUAAAAGGAACAAUAAGCAUGGGAAUCUUCUACAUUGUUUCAGAAGAUCCAAAACUGGUUGGUUUUACUGAUAGUGAUUGUGUUGGAGAUACAGAAGGAAGAAGAAGUACAUCAAGUUAUGGAUUUCAGUUGGGAACUGGUUUUUUCUCUUGGUCAUCUAAGAAGCAACAAGUUGUUGCACUAUCUACAACAGAAGCUGAGUAUAUAGAUGCUAGCAACUGUGCUACACAGGAUGUAUGGUUAAGAAUGAGAAGUCAUUGUUUCAAGAACAAACAACACCAACAACAAUAG